AUGGACUACCUGGAUGCCGCACACGAUGCCCUUCUCGAACUAAAACAGGGCAAGCGAACUCUUUCCGUCUUCCUUGCCGAGUUUGCACGUUUGCAGCGCGAGCUCCCACCUGGCGCCAUGACGACUGAUACCCUCCGGGUUAUCCUCAUUCGAGGUGUCAACGAGCCUUACCGUUCGGACCUUAUUCGUUUGAACACUACCCACUUCGACACGUUGUACGACUACCUCCAACGCAUUUCCAACAUCCACUCCCUCGCUAUAGGCGCGCCACAGUCCGCCGUCAUCAAGCUCCACCUCCAUGAGGCACGCCAGCGCCGAUUGCGUCCACACUCUCGCAUAACUAGAAAUGAUUGUCCUACGUCCACCUCGUUACCUGCCCUGGUGGGCCAGCUACCCGAGACCGAGUCAGACGUGCCCGCAGCACUCGCAGCCUCACCAUCGUCGGUACUCACAUCGAUCCGGCAUGGUUUUUCUAAGGAUCUUACGCUGAGUACUCGAACACAUUCUCUAGUCGGACAAACACGUGAUGUUUCCAAGUUCGGUUCAUUGAAGCAGAGCUCCGAUACAAAGUCAUUUGUAUAUUUGUCCAAAUAUAAAUAAAAGUUUUGUAGUCUGUACUU